AAAAGACCUCACCAAAAUGCUAUCUCAAAUGGAACAUACCAUGGAAACCAUGAUGUGCAUGUUCCACAAGUGUGCUGGGGAUAAAGGCUACUUAACAAAGGAGGACCUACGAGUACUCACAGAAAAGCAGUUCCCUGGAUUUUUGGAAAAUCAAAAUGGCCCUCUGGCUGUGGACAAAAUAAUGAAGGACCUGAACCUAGACCUGGACCUAGACCAGUGCCGAGAUGGCAAAGUGGACUUUCAUAGCUUCUUUUCACUAACUGCUGGGCUUACCACCACAUGCAUUGAGUAUUUUGUAGUAUACAUGACAUGGAAGAGAAAGAAGUAGGAAUCAUUCAGGAACACUCCUGCCCAAUCAGAGUUCUCCCAAAGGGACUCUUAAGUAGUCCCUUAAGGAAUCUGCCCCAUAGCUUCCCCCUGUAUAAAGGACUACAUGAACAGGCC